AUGACAGCUACGAUAGAAAAUACGGUGGCAGAGAUUCCUCUUCCGCCAGUACCAGACAUCAUCUCGAAAAUGCCAUGGAUGCAACUAGGAAAUUUCGAGAUUGCUUCCUCGAAAACCCCACCACCAAAGCCAUAUCCUGCGCAAAGCACGCCGGCUGAGAGAGCCGCAGCGAGGUUUGGAGUACAUGGGAACGCAGUUUUGACCGGCGGCGCUGGCAUGCUGGCUCUGACUUCAGCUCGAGCUUUACUUGAACAUGGUCUCACUGGACUUGCACUUUUCGACCUACCAAGCGCAAUAGAAAAGAGUAAAGAUGCAAUCGAAGCAUUAAGGACGGAAUUUCCGUCAGCGAAGAUCAUCACACAAGCCUGCGAUGUGACGGAUGAAAAGGGUAUGAUAGCGGCCACUCAAUCUGCAAAGUUCCAAUUGGGCGAGCUCAACAUACUAUGCUGCUUUGCCGGGAUGGUCGGUUGUGUCCCCUCUGCGGAGCAAUCUGUGGAUCAUUGGAGGAAGAUUAUUGACGUCAACACAACUGGUUGCUGGAUUGCUGCACAGGCUGUUGGGAGGGAGAUGAUAACCGGUAAACACGGGGGGAAAAUCAUUUUCAUUGCAUCAAUUUCCGGUCACCGUGUGAACUAUCCACAGCCCCAAGCCGCUUAUAAUACCUCAAAAGCCGCAUUACUACAUAUGAAGAACAGUCUGGCAGCGGAGUGGACGCGUUAUGGUAUCCAUGUCAAUACCAUUUCCCCCGGUUAUAUGGACACAGUUCUCAACGAAGGUGAUGACUUGGCGCCAUGGAGGCAGAUCUGGGCAGAACGAAACCCCAUGCGUCGUAUGGGUGCACCGGAAGAGCUCACUGGGCCAGUCGUUCUAUUGUGUAGCGAUAUUGGCGGAAGUUAUAUCAAUGGCGCCGAUAUCGUGGUAGAUGGAGGCGGGCUGGUUUUUUGA